UCAAAUAAAAAAUGUGGCGGGUAGUCCGGUAGAUUUUUAGAGGGGAAAAAAGAGAGCAUAAAAUCUACAAAUGCAAAAACCCUAGGGUUUAUGAUUCAGACCGUUUGAAUUGAAAGCAUUUCUAUCCAUCUUCCAGCUGUGGGGAAGAUGUCUCACAACAAAAUUUUUUCUAUGGCCUCUGUUUUCAGUUCACUAUCAGAAAGCUUCCGUAGAGUGCCUCCAAUGGCAGUUCCAGCUAUUUUGGAUUGCCUUUUUGCUUCUACUGGGUUAUCCUCAUCUGAGCUUUUCGACUCGCUUCUUGAAACUUUCCCCAAAACCAUUGAUGAUGCUACCACGAAGGAGGGAAAGCUUGAUGCUGAUCAAUGUAAUUACAUCACAUCUUUGGUCUGCGCCCUGUGCCACAUACUAAAAAAAGAUGGUGCCGAUCCUACUGCUUUGAAGUCAUUCAUAUGGAAAAGUUUCGUUCCUUUGAUAAAUAAGACAGCUACAUUGAAUCGGGAAAUGCUAAACCAGGUUUCUGAAUCAUUCAUUGAUGUUGUAACUGAGACGAACUCAUGGCCAAUUGUUGAAGCAACCCUAAUUCCAUUUUGUAUAAGUUCGGCUCUUUAUUCCACGAGUGUGCUGCAACAUGUUGAGUUGGACACCUUUGAGGUUGACAGACGUUCUUUCAUUUUGGGCUCAAAUGUCCCCGUGCACGAACCUAGAAUGGAUAAUCAGACGAUGAAAGACUAUGGAUUCCUUCAAUUACCAUUAGCAUGCCAUGUUUUAGCUAUAAUGUUAGAUGCCGUCCUUUGUAAUAGACAAGUACCACAAACAUCCGACAAAGUGGUGUCAAAUGGGUACCAAAAAGCUGAAGAGUUUACUGUUAAACUAAUUUGGGAUAUUUGUAAUUUAUCUGAACAAAUGCUCUUACAAAGCUCAGACCAUCGAUCCUGUGCCAUUUGCCAUCUUCUUCCAGUAAUCUUUGAAGCACUUAUUUCUCACCAUUCUUUAGAGAUCUCCAUUCAAGGUCAUGCAUGUAAUCUUUCCAGGAGCUGUUUCCUCAUGAAAAUAUGGAAAUGUUGCAAAAAACUAUUUUCAUUUGGAACUUUGGAGAGAAGAGAUGCCUAUAGGAUUUUGUCUCUUUAUUUUUGUUUUUUCCCUCACAAUGAAGAGCUUGGAGGUGCUGGAAUGUGUGAUGAUGGAGAAGAAUUUGACAUAAAGGCUGAUAAAAUUUUUUGGGAUGAAAUUAAAAGAGGCUUGGUGGAUAAGGAGAGCUCGGUGAGGAAGCAAUCCCUACAUAUAUUGAAGAAAGCACUAUCUAAAAAUGGAAGAGGCAGCCCAACUACGGUUUCAAAAACUAUUUCAAGUGGAAAAGAUAGUAAUGUUCAAGGAAUUACCAAAAGGGAAAGAUGGGCCAAUAAGGAAGCAAAAUCACUGGGUGUUGGGCAAAUUUGCAGCCAAAAUAAAAUUGCUACAAAUAGCCGGCAGCAAAAGUGGGAAGCAUUCAUACUUCUUUAUGAAAUGCUCGAAGAAUAUGGUUCACACUUGGUUGAAGCUGCUUGGAGUCACCAGAUAUCCUUGUUACUACAACAUCCGACCUCUACGGAAUUUGACAGCUUCAGUAGUGGCGUUCAUCAGAACCAAAUUGAAAUGUCUGGUGAAAUCUAUAGUUGGUUAUCAAUUUUGUGGGUUCGGGGAUUCCACCAUGAUAAUCCUCUAGUUAGAUGCUUGAUCAUGCAGUUCUUCUUAACCAUUGAGUGGAGGGAUAAAGUUCCUUGUUUAAAGUCAUUGCCAGAAACUUUUAUUAUUGGGCCUUUCAUUGAAGCACUCAACGAUCCUGUGCAGCACAAAGAUUUUGGUUUAAAAGGAAUUUACUCAUCCAAGACAGUUGAAGGUGCAGCUCGUUUUGUAUGCCAAUAUACAAAUAUUCUUGAUGCAAGGACAAGAGUGGUGUUUUUGCAUCAACUGACAUCUUUGGCCAGGAAGAAAUCAUUUGGUCGAGUUGGGUUGAUCAGCCUAUCUGAAUGCAUUGCUUCAGCUGCUUCAAUAGUUGGGUUUGACUACAAUAUUGAAGGAGAGUGCUUUAAUGGUUCUUCACUGUCAUCCCAGGAGGAUUUGAUACCUUAUUCUCUGGAGUGCAAACUGGAAUUGCUGGAUGAUCUGAGAUUUGUGGUCGAGAGCAGUAAACAACAUUUCAAUCCUAGUUAUCGCCUUCAAGUUUGUGCCAAAGCUCUGGAGGCUGCUGCUUCGGUCUUGUGUACAUCAAACUUGGCUCUUGAGGUUGUUCUGCAUUUUGUUUCAGCACUACCACGAGAGGCUACUGACUAUGGAGGUUGCUUAAGGAGGAAAAUGCAAAAUUGGCUCUUAGGGUGUGGUAAGAAGUGCUGCAGUACAGAGACAAAGUUUAUGAAGAGCCUUAUUGAGUUCCCUAAAAGAUUUGUGACCCAUAAUCAUUCAUCCGAUGCUUCUGUUACUUACGAUGAUGAAGAAUUGGAAGCAUGGGAAUGUGAGGCAAAACGAUGGGCAAGAGUGGUUUUUCUUGCAGUCAAGAAGGAACAUCAUUUAAAAUCUAUACUAACGUUUAUCCACAACUAUGGCUUAAAUAUCUGCAAACAAAAGGGUGAUUUAGAAGGUAUACGUGUGAAGUUCCUAAUACUUAUCAUGACUUUGGUUCAAGAACUUCAAUUAGUUCAACAGCAAAUUGGUCACUGCGACUACAAAAGUGAAUUCGAUGACCUUACUAUGUCUCAGCCAAGUGACAAUUUGAGCUAUGCAGAACCAACUAUUUUUAGCCAAAAAAUAGUCAACCUUCUUCCAUCACUACAGGUAGAAUUGGUUUCUUUUGCUACCAUGUCUUGUUCCAUAUUCUGGUCCAACGUCAAGUCAGAUGAGACAACAUUACCAGGUUCUGUGAAAGGGAAACUUGGGGGUCCCAGUCAACGCCGGUUGCCAUCCUCCGUUGCUACUUUGGUUUUGCUAGCUGUAACAUCAACGAAGGCUGUAGCAUCUAUCAUGUCAUGCUGCAGACAGUUUCAAAUCCUUUGUUCAAGUAAUUCUGGUGUUGAAUUUUUACUGACGUUUUUGUUGAAGACCGUUUCAUCUCCAGUUUAUCACUCAGAGAGUGGAGCAGAAAUAUGUCUUGCAACAUAUGAAGCGCUAGCCUCUGUUCUCCAAGUGCUCGUGUCAGAGUUUUCUUCUGAAGCCCUAAGAUUUGUGCAGGAUGAGAGUACAAUCCAUCAUCCAAGAGUAGAAGGAAGGCCACUGUUGGACUCUCUUAUUCUAACUUUUCAUCAACAUGUAAAUGGUAUACUUGAUGCAGGAGUUUUAGUUCGAACAAGAAGGGCAGUUCUACUAAAGUGGAAGUGGCAUUGCCUAGAGUCUCUUUUAUCAAUUCCCUAUUGCGCUCUUCAAAAUGGAAUCAGUUUAGAGGAUAAUAAUGCUUUUUUAUCAGAGGCAACUCUUCUACAGAUAUUCAAUGAUCUUGUUGAGAGCCUCGAGAAUGCUGGAGAAAGCUCUGUUUUACCCAUGCUGAGACUGGUUAGACUGAUCUUGUGUCUAUUUUACAAGGGAAACUCUGGUCUGCUUGUUACAUCGUGUAAUGGUGUGAAUUCAGAGAUGAUGUGGCGGUUGGUGCAUUCCUCUUGGAUAUUGCAUGUCAGCUGCAACAAGCGAAGGGUUGCCCAUAUUGCUGUGCUUCUGUCUUCUGUUCUUCAUUCUUCUGCGUUUUCUGAAAUCAAUAUGCAUUUAAGUGAUGGUGGACCGGGACCCCUGAAAUGGUUUAUAGAAAAAAUUCUUGAAGAAGGCACCAAAAGUCCUCGAACAUUUCGUCUGGCUGCAUUACAUUUGACUGGCAUGUGGCUCAGUCAUCCAUGGACCAUAAAGUAUUAUCUUAAAGAACUGAAACUGCUAUCACUAUAUGGUUCCAUUGCUUUUGAUGAAGAUUUCGAAGCGGAAUUAACUGAUCAUGAUACACAGACUGAAGUAUCAUUAUUGGCAGAAAGUCCAGACCCUGAGCUCACUGAAGUGUUUAUCAACACAGAACUGUAUGCACGUGUGUCAGUUGCUACUCUGUUUCAUAAACUUGCUGACUUGGCUAUGGUGGAAUUGUCUAAUGAAUAUGGGAGUUGCUAUGAUGCUGUGGAAUCUGGAAGAUUGUUUCUGCUUGAGCUCCUUGAUUCUGUGGUAAACAGCAACGACCUUGCAAAGGAAUUGUAUAAGAAGCACAGUGCUAUUCAUAGACGCAAAAUACGUGCUUGGCAAAUGAUGUGUAUUCUAUCCAGGUUUGUCUGCGAAGAUAUAAUUCAGCAAGUUACUAAUAGCUUGCACGUCUGCCUCUCUAAAAAUAACCUACCUUCAGUCCGCCAAUACUUGGAAACAUUUGCAAUCAGCAUUUACUUGAAGUUUCCAACACUGGUUAAGGAGCAAUUGGUUCCUAUACUACAAGAUUACAAUAUGAAACCUCAGGUACUCUCUUCUUAUGUAUUUAUUGCAACAAAUGUAAUCCUCCAUGCAAAUGAAGACGUACAGUCCAGCCAUUUGGAUGAGUUGCUUCCUUCUCUUGUUCCACAAUUAACCUCUCAUCACCACAGUUUACGAGGUUUUACUCAGUUGUUGGUGUACCAUGUUCUUUGUAAAUUUUUUCCAGCAAUGAAAUUCAGACCCACUGGGUACAUGCCUUUAGAGAAAAGAUGUUUUGAAGAUUUGAAAUCAUACCUUGAGAAAAAUCCUGAUUGUGUCAGAUUACGGGCAUCAAUGGAAGGAUAUCUUCAUGCCUACAAUCCUGUAUCAUCUGUGACACCAUCUGGAAUUUUCUCUAGCAGAGUUAAGGAUGUCAGAGAAGAUCUUCGAUGUUCAAUGGCAAAUGAUUUGACAGCUAUUAAAAAUGAGAGCUUUAAAACCAAUGAAGGUCACAACCUUAUCGGCAUAUCAUCUGACAUAAAUGAAGAAAAUUCUACUUCCAAACUGCCUGUGGCAACUUCUUUGGAUUUUCAGAAAAAGGUUACUCUCUCAAAACAUGAGAAGAAAGACACCGAGACUAGUUCCUACUUGGGCAGCAAAGAAGCUUACAAGUUCCUUCAUGAAUUGGAGGGAGAGGAUCAGCUUCUUAACCAACUACUGCAUUCCAGAAGUUUGUCGAUGGAAAAUUUAAGAACAAAUCGACAAGACAUUAUCCUUGUAGCAUCUCUGCUUGAUCGCAUACCGAAUUUGGCUGGUUUGGCUAGGACUUGUGAGGUUUUUAAGGCUUCAGGAUUGGCUAUUGCAGACUUGAAUGUUCUAAAUGACAAACAGUUUCAACUCAUCAGUGUUACAGCAGAGAAGUGGGUCCCAAUUGUUGAGGUCCCGGUGAACAGUAUGAAGCUUUUCCUAGAGAAAAAGAAACGAGAAGGCUUCUCUAUUUUGGGUUUGGAACAAACUGCUAACAGUGUACCUCUUGAUCAGUAUGCAUUUCCUAAGAAGACAGUAUUGGUCCUUGGACGUGAAAAGGAGGGUAUACCCGUUGAUAUAAUCCAUAUACUUGAUGCAUGUGUUGAGAUUCCUCAGUUGGGAGUUGUCAGAUCUCUUAAUGUUCAUGUUAGUGGUGCUAUUGCACUCUGGGAGUAUACUCGACAACAGAGACACUAGUAAGCCGCCAUCAUUUUCAUGAUUUUACCCAUUACUUUUGGUGGGAAGUUUCAAACAUCAAGGUAUACUUGCUAAAUUUUCAGGUUGAGUAACUUAUCAUCUUGGACAACUGUCAAAUCGUGGUUAUGUAAAGAAAUUAGAAAUGGAUUUCAUAUGCGAAGGACGGUGGAACUGUAAACAAGUGAAUCAUAAUUUGUAUGAAAGAGUCGAUGUAUUGUUGUCAAAUUACAUGUUCACUUGUAGAAAUUUUGUAAGCAUCAGUUCCAUUAUUUUUCUUACGGCAAUUCAUUUAUCUUAAUCUCAUUCUCAGUUGUAGCCUGAGCUGCUGCCACAUCUUCAUUAUUGAGUUUGAAAGUUGUACUUCUUGCCAUGGGAACAUGCAACGCCAAUCUUUUUAUGUCCCGUCUCUUUUGAGAGAAGAUCUAAAAUGAUAUUAGCUGAAUUGUUUAGGAUUGAACACAGAACUCUGAUAAAUGGAUCUUUUUUGAAACAUGAA